AUGAUGAAGAUGAACCGUGUGAUGUGUGUGUUGGCCGUUCUGCUGUGCCUCGCCUGCGGGUAUGCCAUGGCGGCUUCUGCUGCUGAGGUCAAAGAAAAUGAGAACAUUGCGGUCCCAGUAAAACGAGACACGGAACCAACUCCAGGGGUUGGGGAUGGUCUGCCAGGGCAGGAGGAAGGAGAGCCAGAAAAUGGUACCGGAGAGACUCACCCAGUACCCCCUCAGGAAGAAGAAGAAGAAGAUACAGAUGAUGAAGAAGGUGGUGAAACUGAUAAUGAUGGCACUGGAGGGGGUUCGCCUGGCCAAGAUGGUACAAGUCCUAAUCCGCAACCUCCCGCAAAUGAUGAACAAGAGGGUGGUAACCAACAGAAACCUGAUGGGGAAUCUCCUGACACAAAUCCCGAUCAACCUGGAGAUGAUGUGAAACCUGAACAAAACCCCAGCCAGAAACCUGAGGAUGACAAACCAGUAACACAAGAACCCACAUCCACUAAUGCACCAAGCAACGAGCAGAAGCCGGGCGAUGCUGACAGCAGUUUCAGCCCUGUGUGGAUGCGCACUGCCGCACCUCUGCUGAUUGUGGUUGCGUUGGUAUUGUAA